CGGUUCCCUCUCCAAAGAUUAAACCAGGCAAGCUCUGUGCACAAAUUGCUUGUUUGAAAAUUUAGAGCGAGUUGGGUGCGUUGGCCUUUUCCUAGGAGCACAAGUGUGUUGAGGGAGGAAGGACAGUUCUGUAGUUUGAGGACACUUUUUCUGCGAGAGCCGCGGGGCGCGGGAGAAGGGCGGGUUUCUUGGAGACAAGACCCAGCUCGCGCGAAGAAGCUGUGAACCCGCCGGGAUCCCCCUCCAGCCUGUUGCUUCCCCGGUGGCUCCAGGUCGGUUUUUCCCGGCGACUCUACUGUGAUUUCCAAACUCCUGGGCUCCCGGCUCACGUCGGAAUUUGUCUCCGCCUCCAGCCCGCCUCCACGGGACCUACAAAGUCGCCGGCGGCCUGAUUGUUGCCUGCCAAGUGCACUGGACGACCUCCGGCAGCACAGGCUGCGCGGUGCAGCCCGCGGCGAUGAAGCCGUCUUGGCUGCAGUGUCGCAAGGUCACCGGCACCGGAGGACUUGGGGGCCCCCUGCCCGGAUCCUCUCCUGCCCGGGGAGCCGGCCCGGCCCGCAGGGCUUACUUGGCCCCGGGCCCGCGGGGCGGUCUCGGGGGCCGGAGCUGCCGGGCGCUGUCCUCAGGCGGCGGUGGCGAAUACAAGACCCACUUCGCGGCCUCGGUGACAGACCCGGAGAGGUUCUGGGGCAAAGCCGCGGAGCAGAUCAGCUGGUAUAAGCCCUGGACCAAAACUUUAGAGAACAGACACCCACCUUCCACCAGUUGGUUUGUGGAAGGAAUGCUUAACAUUUGUUACAAUGCCAUUGAUCGUCAUAUUGAAAAUGGUAAAGGAGAUAAGAUUGCUAUCAUCUAUGACAGUCCUGUUACAAAUACUAAAGACACUAUUACCUAUAAAGAAGUCCUAGAGCAGGUCUCUAAGCUGGCUGGUGUUUUGGUCAACUGUGGCAUCAAGAAGGGUGACACUGUGGUUAUCUAUAUGCCCAUGAUCCCACAGGCGAUGUAUACCAUGCUGGCGUGUGCCAGGAUAGGAGCCAUCCACAGUCUCAUAUUUGGGGGAUUUGCAUCCAAAGAGCUAAGUAGUCGCAUUGAUCAUGCAAAGCCCAAGGUAGUUGUGACAGCAUCAUUUGGCAUUGAACCUGGAAGGAGGGUAGAAUACAUACCACUUCUAGAAGAAGCACUGAGAAUAGGACAACACAAACCAGACAAAGUUCUCAUUUAUAAUCGUCCAAAUAUGGAGGCGGUUCCUUUGGUGCCAGAUCGUGACCUUGAUUGGGAUGAAGAGAUGGCGAAAGCACAGUCACAUGACUGUGUCCCUGUUCUUUCUGAGCAUCCACUCUAUAUUCUCUAUACAUCUGGAACAACAGGGUUGCCUAAGGGUGUGGUUAGGCCCACUGGAGGAUACGCUGUAAUGCUAAACUGGACAAUGUCUUCUAUAUACGGACUUAAACCUGGAGAGGUGUGGUGGGCAGCUUCUGAUUUAGGCUGGGUUGUUGGACAUUCCUACAUCUGUUAUGGACCACUUCUGCAUGGGAACACAACAGUUUUAUAUGAGGGAAAGCCUGUGGGAACGCCAGAUGCUGGUGCGUAUUUCCGUGUGCUCGCUGAGCAUGGAGUGGCUGCCUUGUUUACAGCACCGACUGCAAUUAGAGCAAUCCGGCAACAGGACCCUGGGGCAGCCCUGGGGAAGCAGUACUCUCUGACAAGGUUCAAGACCUUAUUUGUGGCUGGAGAGCGAUGCGAUGUGGAGACCCUGGAAUGGUCUAAAAAGGUCUUCAGAGUACCUGUCCUAGACCACUGGUGGCAAACUGAGACUGGAUCCCCAAUUACUGCUUCAUGCAUUGGAUUAGGUAAUUCUAAAACACCUCCACCAGGGCAAGCAGGAAAGAGUGUGCCAGGAUACAACGUUAUGAUCUUGGAUGACAACAUGCAAAAACUCAAGGCUCGGUGUUUAGGAAAUAUUGUGGUAAAGUUGCCAUUACCACCUGGGGCUUUCUCAGGACUCUGGAAGAAUCAGGAAGCAUUCAAGCAUUUAUACUUUGAGAAAUUUCCUGGAUACUAUGACACCAUGGAUGCUGGUUACAUGGAUGAAGAAGGAUAUUUGUAUGUUAUGUCUCGAGUCGAUGAUGUAAUAAACAUUGCAGGCCACAGGAUUUCUGCAGGUGCCAUUGAAGAGGCAGUCCUUUCCCAUGGUACUGUGGCAGACUGUGCAGUUGUUGGCAAGGAGGAUCCUUUGAAAGGCCAUGUCCCGUUAGCACUGUGUGUGUUGCGAAAAGAUAUAAAUGCAACAGAGGAACAAGUUUUGGAAGAAAUUGUGAAACACGUUAGACAGAGCAUUGGCCCUGUGGCAGCUUUUCGACAUGCAGUGUUUGUCAAACAGUUACCUAAAACCCGAUCAGGCAAAAUUCCCCGGUCAGCUCUCUCUGCCCUUGUCAAUGGCAAGCCAUAUAAGAUAACUCCUACAAUUGAGGACCCCAGCAUCUUUGGGCACAUAGAAGAAAUGCUGAAGCAGGCAUCAUGACUUUCUUUCUUUCUUUUUUCUAUUUUGAGUAAACAUUUUCCAGAAAUUAAUAGUUAAAUAGAAAGUAUUUGCAAACUGAAAUGUGAAUUUUAAAGGCCAGUGUAAAACAAAUACAUUUGAUGGCUAAUGAGAGACUGCUGUGCCUUUUAUUUGACUAGGCACAAUUAGCAUUGUUACUAGUUGACUGUAACUUGGCUCAUUGUUAUAGUAUAUGUUGUCUCCUUUAAGAAAAUCAGUACCCCCAGACCUUUUGAUUGAAAGUGACACUAAUACAGAGCCACUUUCAGAAAUUUGGAAGCUGAGACUCAAAACCUAAACCUCCACUCGAAGUCAAAAAACAAUUCAAACUAAAGUUCCCCCAUAGAAACGCUGAAUGAUUUCCAACAUUUUUGAGGUAUCCACAAAUUGUUUUAAAUGACUAAAAAAUUAUGAAUGAAUUGGGCAAUUUUAGGUAAGCAUGUAGACAGAUGAGGUUAUCUUGUAGUUAGGAGAUGCUGUCUAGCCAUACAUCUCCAGAUAGAAGGACAGACACCUGGCUCUGCCUUCAGGUCAGUAGUUACCUCUUUGAGGGAAAUCAUGUGCCUGACCCAGAGCUUUGGAGGUCAUUUAAUCUAGUCUCUAUGUCACGGAGAUGAGGAGACAGAGGCCCUGGGAGCUCCUCAUCAUGCUUCAGGUUGUAAGUUUAUUCCAGUUUCCAAGGAAGAAGGGGAAAUGUUGUAGAAAUGGGGGGAGAGUGCCAAGGAAAGGGCUUAAGAGAUGCAAAUGUUUUGUUUUCUUUUGUAAAUAUAAACAUUUUACAUUAUGCUAAUGACAGGCAGCCUUCAGAGACCAACCCAUUAAUGCAAUGUCAAUGAGCCAAUGAGCUUUUAGAAGAAGCUUGAACCAUGUGGCCUUAGUGUUAGGAUAAUAAGGAAUGGUGAAGAUGGAGACUGGCAGCUCCAUCUAAGGGGGCAGCCCCCACUCCGUCAGAGCAGAGUAUGAUCCAAGGAGAACAAGGAGAUAGAGCCCUUAUGGCAAGAGCCUUUGAUUUUUAAGAGGACUCAAAAUUUCAGAUUUUUAUCUGAAACCACUAAUUUUUAAAUAAUUCAGUAUUUCAAGAAAAUUCAAUAGCUCAAUAAAAACAUAUUGUGAUGCUCAAAAACAUCUUUCUAUUUGAAACUCCUAUAAAAACUAUCAAGCAUAUUUUAAUAAUUGAAAAUGAGUCUUUGUUAAUAAAUUUAUGGUAAUUUCCAUAUAUAUGGAAUAUUUUAUAUAUAUAAUAAAAUAUUUAGACUUACAUAUAGUUGUUCCUCAUGAUAAAGUUUAUCAAAGAGUGCAUUUAAACAAAAGAAUCUUUGAUGGUUCUCAAAGCACUUUUGAAUCUUUUAGUCCAUUAGGAACAUUGUUCUCAAGAGUUUUCCUAAUGUACCAGACAGGGUAAAUUACUUGAAAUAUAUGUGAGCGAUGAUAGAUAAUAGUUUAUUUACUUGUUUGCCUCAUAAAGAUAGUUUACAACCUGUAUAAAAACCAUUCAGAAAAUGUUAACUUUUUUUUUUGGACAUUAGGCUACAAAAUAAAUGACUUCUUAUAGUAAAUUCCUAUUUGUUUAAAUGGCUUUUAUACCUGAAAGAUAUAUAUUCAUCUAGUUGUUCCCUUUAUAUUAUUUUAAUUAUUUUAAUUUUAAUUAAACAAACAAAAUAGAGGCUAAUUUUUAAUUUGAAGCUGUUGGGUUCCUUAAACUGUAUCCAUUAUCACAACUAUAGCCUUAAAAAAUUAUCCAUUUUGAUAUCUUAGCAUUUAAAAUAUAUUCCCUUUUUUUCAAGUAAGAUUUAUUUAAUUUGAAAUGGCAAAUUGUUUUGCUGAAUGUAUAUCAUCAUUUCAUUUGCAAGGUAUAAACUCAGGCAGAUCCAAGAAUUGUGUAAAGUUUAUGACUUUGCUACUUUAACACAUUUUUCCUGGUAAUCAAAUCUGAAUGGAUACUUCAGUAAGCAGGCUUGAGUUAUUUUACAGCUGGGUGGGAUUGGAAAACAGUGCAUGAGAAUGGGAAAGUGGCUAUUUCUUGUUUCUGGUUGAGGAAAUUUGUUUACUGUGAAGGGUCAGAGAAAUAAUUAUUGUUACUUUCAUGUGAGAAAAAAAUGGGGCAAGCAAGAUGAAUUCAUCAGAUUGCUUAAAAUUUGGGAGAAAAAAAGGAACUUGCUAUUUUAGUACUUAGCAGAAAGCACUUUCAUUAGAUAGUACUUAAAACAUUCUGAAUUAUAUCUUUAUAUAUAUAUUGUUACUAAAAAUGCAGUAUUUCUUAAUUUAGCUACAGAAAUUCUGCAUGGUAUUCUUUUUUGUAUUUUCAUAGAAUUUUUAAUUGUAAAACACUGCAAAUAAUGAAAAUAUAAGGCACUUUUAAAAUCUAUGGAAGUGUUUUUCAAUUUAUUGUUAUUUUGCUCCUGAAAAAAUACUAAAUAUAUACAAAUGAGACCUGCAUUACAUUAAAAGUUUCAUUUUAUUUACAUAAAAGUGUAUUUGAAAGGGCCCUGAACAUUAAAAAUGUGAGAAUUCAUAAUGUUCAUGGAUGGUCAAAAGGAAGAAUAUUGAGACUAAUGUUAGUCCAUUAAGUGGAUUUUAGAAUCUGGCAGAAAUUAUAAAUUAAAGAGUAUAUUAUGCUUUUUGAGGGACAUAGCAGGAUCUUUUGUAUACUCUAUAUGUUAGUAACUAUUAGAGAUGAUUAAUAUUUCUUAUAUGAUCUUCUAAAGGGAAGAAACUGCCUCUAAUAACUGAGUUCAUGUAUAGGAUUAAAUGCAAGUCUAGUUUAUAUUAUCAUAAUAUCACAGUUUCUAUACAGAUUUCAUUUCUAUAAUCAAGAUCCCCAAGUUCAGAUGAGCUUAGAGAGCUCUUUUCUAUUGUUUCUGCUUAGGCAACAUUUUUAGAAAAAUUUAAAUCAUUCUCACAAGCAGGUUUACUGCUCCCUCUUGUGGUAGAUUCACUUUAGAAAAUAAAUACCACAGUGAGUCACUAAAAGAAAAAUUUCAUUAUAGUUUAAAUAAAUUGUUAAACUUCAUGUAACUAUAAAACAAAACUUAAACAGAGAAGUGGAAGUUUUUUUUUUUUAUUGACAAUGGAGAGGGUUUCUGUUACCAUAAACUUUUGAUUGAAUCUGUCAAACGAAAAUAGACAUUAAAACAAAAGUAAUGUACGUGCAAACAAAGCAAAUUAAGAUACAAAAAGAACUAAUGACAGGUCUUGUGCUUAAUAAGAUCAAGCAGCAGAAAAUCAGCAGUUAAAUAAAUGACAUUAUUAAAUAGGUUUUACUUUGAAAUUUCCCAUAUAAACAAAGAAUAAACAACAGUAACACCACCAAAUAAAUCCACAGGGAAGAGAUUACUCUUCUAUACUUUUAUACACUAUAUAUGUUAAUCAUUCUGUCUUUGAUUUAUUUCCUCUGAUAAAUCUGACUUCAGGGAAGUCGCAACAAGGCCAUCUUGGCUAAAAGCUUCUAACAUUAGACAUGAGUCUGGCUAAUGCCCUGUUUCACUGAAAAAGAGGAGGGUUUCUGGGGUUUUGUUUCUUCCAGUAGGAAAUGAGCCUCAGACUCUGCAGUGGCUGACAUUCUCUGUCCAGUGCUGGCUGGCGGUUCAAAAUAUUAGAAUGAACAUGUGAUUCUCAGAUAAAGUUUUUUUUUUUUUUUUUUUUUUUUUCUUGGUCCACAGGUAACAAGAGAAGAUAGUGUUUUUCUUACAAACUUUUUUUUUUUUGAAUAAUUGCUUUUAACUCUUGUAAACAGUCAGUUUUGUUUUGUUUCGAAAAGGAGAUCAAGCCAUCACAGUGCUUUUCUAAAGACAUAGGCCAUCCCUGAUUGCCUUUAAAGGUCCAGUUUAGGCUCUAGUUCCAGGUUAAAUCAUUCUUUUAUACAUGAUCAGAGGCAGGUGUUCAGCUUUAAGUAUUGACAGACUUGAAAGAGAAACAUAUCGAAGCAUGAAACAUGCUUCCAGGAAACAUUGAUUUGACUGUUACAAUUCAAAAACUGUAAAAAUGGUGGAAUGGUAAAAUACAAACAGUACUUGGAAUUGUCAAAUGUUUGCACUUGAGACUCCAUGAACCAUAUAUUUUAUUCUUUAAAAAAUCAUAUUUAUAUCCAUUUACAUAAGACUUACACAUUUAAAAAGAAAUACAGACACAGUAAUACAUAAAUGCCUAGUAUAUUACAAUAAAACAUGAAAAAACAAGGGGCUCCAUUUCAUAAAAGCAUCUGUUGUACAGAAUUGUGAUGUGGAUGACACUAAUUUUUCAAAUAACUUGAGCAUUUUAUUCCAAUUGUAGUAAAUUAAUCAAACUUAAUAUCUGAAUCCCCCCAAAUCACAUUUUCAGCUUAAUAAACCAUUACUUGUCAUUAUUUCCUUAGAGUUUAGUCUUCUCAAAGGGUUUCACUGCUUGUCUUCUAAGAUGGUAGUGCACUUUAGGUAGAGUAGACUGAAAAGACGACAUCUAAAAUAUUUAAUGGAUACCAUUAGUUCACUGAAAGUUCCCAGUCUAGAAAACCCCAUUCCACUAUUCCAUGGUAUAUUUCCAUGCAGCCUACCUACUCAUGUCUUAAUACUAAAAGAUAAUGAAAAGAAAAUCUUCUGAGGUCUCUAAUAACUGCAUGUAAUUAACAUUUGCUCCUCUCCCAUUUUUGCAGGAGAGCUUAAUAUUAAUAAAAAGAUUUGUUCACCUUUGUAGAAAGUAUGACAAUAAUAUAGACAAAGGUACUCACACAAAAUAUCAGCAUGCUUUUGAAAAAUUUAAAAUUUGCUAAUAAUAAAUUGGGUUGAUUUGACCUUUUCCAGGGAAUAGACUUAUAUUCUAAUUCAUAUAUUAUAGAGCUCUAAAAGUUACCUUUUUUUAAUUGUGACAGAGAUGAAAUGCUAUUAACAUAUUUUUUAAGGUUCAGUGUCAGUGGUGUGGCAUCAUUGAUCUUUUCCAGUCAUAAUAUAAUUAAGAAAAGCUCAGAAUUAACAUUCUUGACACAAAAGAAACUGAUUAAAUGAAAUGCUCUGAAUUAUUUUAACAAUGAAAGUGUUUUUUUUAACCAAAAGUGAAACUGGUUGUUUCAGAUUUACUUAUUUAAAUAAGUAACUUUAGCCCUCAUAAUGGUGAAAACUAGGAAAUAUGAACUAAAAUGCCAUGCACAAAAUAUAGAUUGCAAAUAGUUAAAGAGUAAUUCUACCUAUCAGUCCAGAACUAAAAAGCAAGCACUAUUGAACUAUAUUAAGUAGUCAUUUGUGAAUUAGUGAUGUACUCAGUUCCUGGGGAAAUUAUCAUGUUGUUUGUAUAUGCUAUUAAAAGAAUAUUUUGGAAAGACUCUUAUUCAUCCAAAUUAUUACAUACUUUAGUGAGUGCCUAAUUAGAUGCCGAAUUGUAUGCUGUAAUUAAAAUUUUAAUGUUAGGGUUGUACAUGCUGAAAUUAAAUCUCUUAUCUGAAUGCAUUUUUUUUGCUUUGAUAAUCAUCACCUUCAAAUAGUGACCCAAAUAAGGCAGCAUAACCAGCUCCUAUAUUAGGUCCAAAAGACAAAUAAUAAAUUAUGUGGAGCUUUUAUUUCAAGGCAAUGAAUAAACAGCACAAGGUGAGCUGUUCCUUUGCCUACAGCUGCUUCCUCUCUCCAUCCCUGUGUAGAUAUUUGGUUCUAAAUAUUGCUCUAAAAGUGUUUUUUUCAAAAUAUCAAUUCAUUGAAAUUGGUAGACUAUUUUGGCAAAGCACAGUUUUUUUGUUUAAAAAGUUUUAUGAGCAUUUGCACAUUUAUAAAUCUAGGAAAUCAUAGUUUUACUAAGACAGUUUUACAAUAGAACCCAUUUUUAUGUGUAUUUGGAAGUAGCUUCCAUCAACUAAUGCUUCCCUAAACACAAAUGCCUUACAUCAAAAACCAAGUUUUGUUAGUCCUGUAUUCCAGUCUUAUAAAGUAAUUUCACUUUGUAUUUUGUUUCUGUGUAAAAGCACCAGAUAUUUAAAAUUCAUGUUUGUUUACAACAAAUGCAAUUUGUAUUUGUAAAAACCAACACACUAAAUGUUCAAAAUUAUUAAUAUGAAAGCAUCUACAAAUCA